CCAUGAGCAGCGCGCGCGCAGAGAGCAAAACAGGAGAGUGAACGGGGAAGCAGAGAGAGAGAGAGAGAGAGAGAGAGAGAGAGAGAGAGAUAAAAAAGAGAGAAAGAGAGAAAAAAUCAGAACUCGAGCUUUUGCUAAAGCAGUUGCAGCCGCGAGACUCCUCCUGUAAUAAUGAGCUCGGACUCGAGCAGAGCCUCCAGUCCAGACAUGGAUGUGGCAUAUGCGCGCGCCCGCGACGUCCGCGCUCCUCCAGUCUCCUCCACCCAGGGUGCGUGCACGACCACCACUGAGCACCAGCAGCAUCCGCAUCACCAUCACCAUCACCACCACCACCAUCAGCACCAGACGCGCAGCCCCCUGAGCCCGGGCGCGGGCGCCAACGCCGCCAAGUACAGGCUGAAGAAGCAGGCGAGCGAGGAGGAGAUCCAGCAGCUGCGCCUGAAGAUUAACGGCCGCGAGCGCAAGCGCAUGCACGACCUGAACCUGGCCAUGGACGGCCUGCGUGAGGUCAUGCCAUACGCGCACGGGCCCUCUGUGCGCAAGCUUUCCAAGAUCGCCACGCUGCUGCUCGCGCGCAACUACAUCCUCAUGCUGAGCAGCUCGCUCGACGAGAUGAAGCGCCUCGUGGCAGAGCUGUACGGCGGCGGCGGCGGGGGCGCGCACGGCCCCUUCCACUGUGCCGCGCACACCGGCGCGCACCCGCUGUUGGCCGCUGCGGCCAGCGCGCUCGCGCCGGGCCCACCACCAUCCGCCUCCGCGGCCACUGCGCUCGGGCUGUCUUCCCUCCGCGCGGCGCACUCGCUGAUGAAGGGCGCACCUCCUCCUCCUCCGCCACCUCCGCCACCGCCGCAGCCCCAUCACCACGCUCCGCCGGGACCCCCCGCGCUUCACGGCGCCUUCCAGCACUGGACGGGCCUGCCGUGCCCGUGCACCAUCUGCCAAACCCCCGCACCUCCUCCUGGAGCGCCUCCGCACCUCUCCAUCGCGACCAGCGGACUGUCCAGACUGACCGCCGAGAGCAAAGAGGCGCUGAAGUGACCUCGCGACCUGUCGGCGAACACGUGCAUGAAGUGUUGACCCAUUUGUUUGUUGUUUGUCUGUUUGUUUGUUUUCCUCUUUGAACUUGUAAACGAGGAUUUCGUCCCAAUGGCACAAAAAACAAAAGCGCGAGGUAAAAAUGCUUUAUGCUCAUUUGUGUACAGAUAGACCCGCUGUAAAUAGUCUUUCAGAAAUGAACAUGUACAUCUAUCAUACACCUGAACCGAGUAGCUCGCCCACAACGAGAUUGUGCUGGAUUAAUUUGCGCGAGGAGUUCCUUUAGUCAAAUUAAAACCACAAACAUUCCAGAGUUGUACCGCCGCUGCAGCUUCAAUCAGAUUUAAUCCGGCGAUGUUAGCGGUAAUAGAACACUCCAGGUGUUAAUCCAGCACUAUAGGUAAAUGCAGCGCGCGCGUGUUUGUGUGUGUGUGUAUGUGUGUGUGUACAGCAGGCUGGGCGUGCUGAUUGUCAAACUGUAUCUUUCCCAAAGGUGGAGAAAAGCUGUGCGUUCCUUGUAACAAGGAUUGUUGAGUCUCAUUAAGCGAGUCAGUAAAAUUAAUGCGUGUAUUUAGUUUGAAAGUGCUUCUCUGCAACGAUUUCGUUGAAUGGAUUUCACAGAAGUCUGGAAUUAGUGGAGCUCUAUGUGGCGAUGUUCAGUGUUGAGCAUGAUGUCUGGGGGAAACACACAUUUCUGCCCAAGCAUGAUUGUAUUACUGUAAAAAAAAAAAAAAAAAAAAAAAAAACUAAACAAAACAACAAACACAAAACCAAAAAAAGAAAAAAAAAUCAGAACGAAACGAAACGUUUUGUUUUACCAGAGACUGCAGCUGUCUUUAUUUUUGUACAUUGUUGAUUAUAAAUGAGAUAUUUAUUAUUAUUGCCCAGAGACCCUGGAUGAGAUUUAAAUAAAUGAAGAUAAAAUAAAAUUUUGUUUUGUCCUUAUUUGAGUAAAAGCAAGUGCUUUUGUCUCACUCCUCCUUCUUUUAGAAGGACUGAACUAAACUUUUUUUCUCCUUUAGUUUAUUUACAGUUUCUACAUUUGUAGGUUUACAGCGCUCAAUCAAUAAUUUAAACUAAGGAACAGUAAAAACACUGUUUUUGUUCGAUAUUAAUACUGUUUAUAAAAGAAGUAAAUUAUGUUUAUGAUUGUAUAGUGUAUAUAAUAUAAUAUAGUGUAUAUAAGAAGAAUAAAUCAUUUAUACUAAUAGCGGGGAUACCCCCACGUGAGAGAGAAUAGUUCAGUCAGUAAUCACUUUAAAUAAUCACAGUAAUCACAUGAAAAUGAUUAAAUGAUUAUUGAUUUCUAAUUUUGGUCACCGUGGCAAGAUUGGCUAAAUUAGGUUUAUUGAAUCUUUAUUCCUUUAAAGUGAAUAAGAGCGCAGCACCAUACCUGAAGUUAACACAAGUCUGCCUGAGCAGCCUGUUUAUAUAAAAAAUACAUUAAAUAAAACACUAGAGCUGUUAAUUCUGAUCUUAAUAACUACACAUUCACAAAAGAACGAACAUCAUCAUUAUUAUUAUUAUUAUUAU